CAACGCUACGCCACGAUGAGCGGGUUCUCGAGGCACGGAGGCCGAGGCGGCGCGGCCUUUGAUCGCGAUGGCGGCGGCGGCGGCGCCAGUGGCAGCGGCGGGGCGCGCGGCCGACACCCGGACCACCUGAAGGGCCGCGACAUCGGGCUGUGGUACUCGCGGCGGCAGGGCCAGCGCAGCCAGGACAGCGAGCGCCAGCAGAGGGCGGUUGUGCACAUGGAUGAAUCCCGUGAGCAGCAUAUCACACGACUGCUGAAUUCUGUGCAGACACGGAGUGAUUUUAAAGAACCGCGUGUCACCUUGUCAGCCGAUUCCAGCAUGAACUGGAGAAGUGGAGCAAGCACCUGCCCGGUUAGCAGAGAAGUGAAGCCCGUGAACAAGGAAAUAAAAUCCGUGUUCACUGCAGACCUGGAGUUUCUCUUUCAAACCAUUAAUCGGGAUAUGUUUUUGGACGAGGAGCUGAGGGAAGAUCUGGAAAAGAAGAGGGUCAAUUCCAGAUAUCUCGAGAUGAAGAAAUUCCGGGAAAAGCUCCCGUCUUACUCCAUGAGGAACGAGCUGGUUGAGUUAAUAAAUGAAAAUCAAGUGGUGGUAAUCAGUGGAGAAACUGGCUGCGGGAAGACCACCCAAGUGACUCAGUUUAUUUUGGAUGACCACAUUGAGAGAGGAGUGGGCUCUCUGUGCCGCAUCGCCUGCACCCAGCCUCGCCGCAUCAGUGCAAUCUCUAUAGCUGAGAGAGUGGCAGCGGAAAGAGCAGAAACCUGUGGAGAUGGCAACAGCUCUGGUUACCAGAUCAGGCUGCAGAGCCGGUUGCCACGGAAACAAGGCUCCAUCUUGUACUGCACCACAGGCAUCAUUCUGCAAUGGCUUCAGUCUGAUUCCCUUCUGUCCACGGUCAGUCAUCUGAUUUUGGAUGAAAUCCACGAGAGGAGUUUACAUUCGGAUGUUCUGAUGACGAUUGUGAAGGAUAUUUUACCGUUCAGACCCGAUCUGAAGGUGGUCUUGAUGAGUGCCACACUGAAUGCUGAGAAAUUCUCACAAUACUUUGAUAGAUGCCCCAUAAUUCACAUACCAGGGUUUACUUACCCAGUGAGAGAGUACAUUCUGGAGGAUGUAGUUGAGUUAAUCCGCUAUUUCCCAAAAGAGCAAGUUGUUCGGAAAACAUCAUCUAAGAGGAGGUUUAUGCAAGGCUGUCCAUCUCGCCCGGACAAAGAGCAAAAAGAGGAGGAAUAUCAGCUGCAAUGGGCAAAAUAUCUAAGAGAUCUGCAGGAUAGCUACUCUGCUAGCACAAUCGAGGUUUUAGAAAUGCUGGACGAGGAUGAUAAGAUUGACCUGAACCUGAUAGUCGCUCUCAUUAGACACAUUGUUCUCCAAGGGGAGGAUGGAGCCAUAUUAGUCUUCCUUCCGGGCUGGGAUAAUAUCAGCACCUUGCAUGACCUUCUCAGCUCACAAACUAUGUUCCAAUCAGACCGGUUUGUGAUUAUUCCUCUUCAUUCGCUGAUGCCUUCAGUCAAUCAAACCGAGGUGUUUAAAAAGCCACCUCCAGGUGUUCGGAAGAUUGUAAUUGCCACCAACAUUGCAGAGACCAGCAUCACCAUAGAUGAUGUAGUUCAUGUGAUAGAUGGAGGGAAGAUAAAAGAAACGCACUUUGAUACCCAGAACAAUAUCAGCACAAUGGCAGCGGAGUGGGUCAGCAAAGCGAAUGCCAAACAGAGGAAAGGUCGGGCUGGCAGGGUGCAGGCUGGCCACUGCUACCACUUGUACAAUGGAUUGCGUGAGUGUUUGCUGGAUGAUUAUCAGUUACCUGAAAUCAUGAGGAUUCCUCUGGAAGAGCUCUGCUUACAGAUAAAGAUAUUAAGGCUCGGUCGCAUUGCCUCUUUCUUGGAGAAGGUAAUGCAGCCACCAUCGAAGGAAGCUGUUGAACUUGCUGUAAACCAUCUAAAGGAACUGAACGCCUUGGAUAGGAAUGAAGAGCUUACUCCGCUCGGGGUACAUCUAGCCCGGCUGCCAGUGGAGCCCCACAUUGGGAAGAUGAUUCUAUUUGGAGCCCUGUUGUGCUGCUUGGAUCCAGUCCUCACCAUUGCAGCCAGCCUCAGCUUCAAGGAUCCGUUCGUGAUCCCACUGGGUAAAGAGAAAAUUGCCGAUGGGAAAAGACGAGAAUUAUCUAAGGGGUCUCGGAGUGACCAUCUGACAGUGGUGAACGCAUUUAAGGGCUGGGAAGAAGCAAAAAGACGAGGUUUCCGGUCGGAACGAGACUAUUGCUGGGAAUUCUUCCUUUCUGCAAACAAUUUGCAGAUGCUUCAUAACAUGAAGAGUCAGUUUGCUGAGCACCUGCUAGGGGCAGGCUUUGUCAGCGGGAGAAACCCCAAGGAUACCAGAGCAAAUAUAAAUUCAGAGAAUGAAAAGCUGAUUAAAGCAGUCAUCUGUGCUGGGUUAUAUCCCAAGGUGGCAAAGAUCCGACCCAGUUUCAGCAAGAAGAGGAAAAUGGUUAAAGUUUCCACAAAAUCCGAUGGAAGGGUUAACAUCCACCCCAAGUCAGUGAAUGCCGAGGAGGGCGAGUUUAAUCACAACUGGCUGAUCUACCACCUGAAGAUGCGAACGAGCAGUAUCUACCUGUACGAUUGCACUGAAGUCUCUCCUUACUCGCUGCUGUUCUUCGGAGGAGAUAUCUCGAUCCAGAAGGAGCAGGACCAGGAGACCAUUUCUGUUGACGAAUGGAUUGUUUUUCAGUCCCCGUCCAGAAUAGCACAUUUAGUUAAGGAUCUGAAGAAAGAAUUAGACUCUCUGCUACAAGAGAAGAUUGAAAAGCCACAGCCUGUGGACUGGAACCAUCGAUCUAAGGACUGCGCUGUUCUGUCCGCCAUCAUAGACCUGAUCACCACACAGGACAAUGCCACCGCCAGGAAUUAUGCGCCUCGAUUCCAGACCUACUGAAGCCAAGAUAAGGACUUUUGGUGAAGAUAUUUGGACAUUUGCCCCUUGUCCCGGCAAACCAAAUGUGCAUGUAAGAAAGUCAUUCAUUUUGAUGUCUCGUUGUGUGCAGCUGCAAUCCACUAUGGACAUGUCCAGGCACUGCAAUGGGUUUAGGAUGCAGCAACUAUUCUCAUACAUAGUGAAUGGCCCUCACUGUUUUCACGUUGUCCUCCACAUUGCCACGGAGGAGGGGAAUUCAGAAGCUUUGGCUUUAGAAGCUUUGGCCAAACUGAGCCAAUUCCCAUUCCUCAUUAGCAGUCCGAGAGUCCCCUUGUGUGGCUCCUCUCUCCUGAAGCCAACUCCGGUAGUGAUUCCGCUAUCUUCUGCAGCUUGCCAGACAGAGAGAUACCCUGUUUGAAAUAAAUGUUAAUUUUGGGUUGUGAACCUGCCAAAAAAAAAUAUUCUUCGUCUUUACUCUGUGCCCCACUGAGCAGUGUCCAGUUCCGCCCUCCACAUAACUGGUCUUGCUGCCCAGUUAUUCACAAUCUCUGGUACCGGCAAGUGUUCGACCACUGCCUCCUUGCCACUUUGUGGCACGGAACAAGGGCCACUGCUGGAGCCGGAGUGCUCCAGUGAUCCAGUCCACACUGUUCAGAAGCCGCUACUCCUGAAAUCCCAGCAGCCCGUUGCUCCCUGUCUGAGGAAUAAUGCGGCAAUUUUGGGGCAGGAAGGGAAAAGCCUGGAGAAAUGGUUCAGUGUCUGCACCAGCGACACUUCACCUCCGCUCCUCUUAAAGAAACUCCGAGCUCUUGACCCAACGUGGCGGUGACGUUGUCUGGGCAUCUUGAUGCAGUGUUUGGAUCAAUCCAGACCCUGAGCAUCGGUGCAGGGAGUGGAGUGUCUCAGUCCACAUUCACACCCAGGGUAUUGGGUAUUGCUGGAGGAAUUCACUUCCCUGGGAGAGGUGAAGGGCCUGAAUUUGUCAAUGUUGGAGUUCAUGAAAUUCCUUCGUCAGUGUGUUGAGGUAGUGCUGACUGCUUUAACUGCAGCAUGGUUAUAUUAUUUUACGUUAGUUAAAUCUAGUACUCGGCUCUCUGACAUGUGCUCUGUGCACCACACAGGCCUGAGAAGCCAUUUCAUUUAUUUGAUAUAAUUCUAGAUUAGCAUCCAGGAGGUUCAGCUUGGCCUUUACCAACUGGACAUUGAUCCUAGUUUAGUUGCCCAUGAGUAACAUAGAUAGGUUACGUGACUAACUCUAGUUAGCUUAUUACUACAGAGGAUUCAGAAAGCGACUCUCAGCUUGGCGGAUUUUUGUCCCCUGUAUUUUCUAGUUGGCAGCCAAGUCGUGUUUGGGAUGUUGGGGCCAGAUUUUGAUGGCACCAAUGUGAUGGGUUUCUGUGCGAGUACAUUUCUGGAUAUUUCUAAUCACCAAGAGUACGGCUUUCCCCAAGCACUAUGGAAGCAAGGUUUAUAAGCCGGGCAUCUCCUGAAACGUCAUUGCCACAAAUAUUAUAACAUACAAUUUAGAAGAGUUCUUAAAUCAAGGCUUCAGCAUUUAUAGUGUAUUGGUUAGAGCACUCGCCUCGCAAGCAAGAAGACCCGGGCAGGGCGAAACCUAAGGCAAGUUUUCUUACUCCAGACGCCUCUGUUUCCCUAGCAGUAAGUAGGAAUCCGGUUGUUAGUCAAUUGGCAAAUUGCUUUCCAAAGGUAAUAAACCCUUCAAAAAAAAUAAUAACUUGGUCACUCAAUCCACAACUGUUUGUGAGACACUGCUGUGCGCAAUUGGGUGCCUCAUUUCACCCACAAAAUAUACAGUCACUGCAUUUAGUAUAUUCUGUGAAGCGCUUUGAAACAUCUCAACGACGUGAUCAGGCCCUAUAUCAAAUGCAAGUAUUAUCAUUACAUCGGCAAGGUGAAGUGCUCAAUACCACAGUGUUGACAUAGAGGACACGGCCGAGCACUCUUCUGCAUGUGACAUCCGCAGACAUCGGUCAACUUCCACAUGUAUGCGGUUGACACUCAACUCUCUCUCUAUCUCUCUGCCUCCACCCUUGACUCCAGGACCACUGCUGUCUGGCCUGACCUCUAUCAGUGGUUGGACCUUCAGCCUCUCAUGUCUCCACCCUUUGGAACUCCAUCCUGCAAGUCCCUUCGCCUUGCUCCCUCCCUUGCUUCCAAGGCACAUCUCAAGACACUCCUCUUCGACUGUGCCUUCGGUCACCCUCCUACCCCUGCCCUCCUCCACCCCUCCCGAUCCCAACCCCCUGCCUGUACAGCGCCUUGGGACAUCCUCCUGACGUGAAAGGUGCUAGACAAAUUUAAUGUUGUUGUUGAAUCCUGAGUGUGGAGAGAAUGACUUCUCGUGAUCUUUGGACCAAGAGCCAGCAGAGAGAGAGGAAGUUGUGGGGAUUGUGGAGGAUAACCUAAUUCAAAAACAAUUACUGCUGCAUUUAAAGGUAUAUAUAGCCAAGUGUCUUGAGUGACUAAUUGAGAUUGUGCUCAGCUCUGUCCUUCUCAGUGCUUGUGUUGUGUGCAGUGAAAGGUCCAGCGUCUAGUUGUGAUCUUCAUUCCAAUAGAUACUGCCGGGUAAUGAACAGUUUGCUGUUUGUGUUGUUUCUAUGUAUGGUUUGCUGUUGCUUGCUUUUCUAGCUGUGCUAUUUAUUUCUGUCUGUUUCAAAGUAUAGAGCUAGUUUGUUUUAAUUAUCCAGAAACAUUUCCCAUUAAAUGCUGAAAAAUUCAAA